AUGACAAGCCAGUUGCAAAAACGGAGCCUGCGUUUCGCAGAUGUAGCCGUCACAUUCACGGUCGACCAAUUCCACGGCAUCUACCGUGGAAAGAAAUACCAUGCAUCAGACAUGCCGGAGGUGCUAAAACGGACCAAAGAACAUGGCUGUGAAAAGGUCAUGUUGACCACCAUGACCCUUCCAGGCGCACAAGAGAACCACAGGAUCGUCAAAGAACACCCAGACACCUGCACCAUGACAUUAGGGGUGCACCCGUACCAUGCAGGGGAGAUAUACGCAAAGGAAGGCUACCCUUUGGCGAAAUCGGACUCGACUACGACUACCUGGAUCGCGCGGAUAAAGAGACCCAGCAACGCGCAUUCCAUGAUCAACUGUACCUCAGCGUAG